AUGCCUCCCUUACUAACUAAUCGGCAAGCCGAGGAGCUGCACAAGUCAAUGAUAGCAUACCUCGUGGCGAGCGACCUACCAGACACCGCGGCCGCACUCCGGAGAGAAGUGAACCUCAGCGAAGAUGCGUUUGAUCCAACUACAGCGAAAAGAAAUGCGGCGCUUCAAUCCGAACUCGAUAACUCCACACCCGCCUCCCGUUUAAAGCGAAACCAAGAUCCAGCCUCUUGGCUUCCGAGUACGGUUCGCUAUUCACUAGAAUCGCAUCGAGAUAAAGUAAAUUGUGUUGCCUUCCACCCGACAUUUUCCUCCAUUGCCUCCGGCUCCGACGAUUGCACGAUAAAGAUAUGGGACUGGGAGCUCGGGGAGCUUGAACUGACGCUUAAGGGCCAUACAAGAGCAGUCCGGGAUGUUGAUUACGGCGGGCCGCGGGAUAAUGUCCUUCUGGCUUCCUGCAGCUCCGACCUAUCUAUUAAGUUAUGGAAACCGACAGACAAUUAUAAGAAUAUCCGGACCCUGCAAGGCCACGAUCACAUCGUCAGCGCGGUUCGUUUUAUACCAUCUAGAAAUCUGCUGGUGAGCGCAAGCAGAGACAACGAUAUGAGAAUCUGGGAUGUCACAACCGGAUAUUGUGUGAAGACAAUAAACGGCCAUACUGACUGGGUGCGGGAUGUUAGCAUCUCGUUUGACGGGAGGUUUCUUUUCUCCACGGGACAAGACAUGACCGCCCGUUUAUGGGAUAUCUCUACUGUAUCGAAUAUAGAACAUAAACGAACGAUGCUUGGUCACGAGAAUUUCAUUGAAUGCUGCGCUUUUGCCCCGCCUACGUCAUACCAGUUCCUGGCACCCUUGGCCGGACUAGGGAAACGCCCUUCUUCUACAAACGGAGCUGAUUUCAUGGCGACCGGGUCACGAGACAACACUAUUAAGAUAUGGGACAGCCGCGGGAUGUGUCUUAUGACGUUAGUGGGCCAUGAUAGCUGGGUUCAGGCGCUGGUGUUCCACCCGGCAGGAAAAUACCUCCUUUCAGUAUCGGACGACAAGACCUUAAGAUGCUGGGACUUGAACCAACAAGGAAAGUGCGUCAAGACGCUCGACGCCCACGAAAGCUUCGUCACCUCCCUGCGAUGGGCUCCAGGAGUUGCCAAGAAUGUACCCGGCGGAGACGGCGCAGCGGAGGGAGAAGGAAAUGAUAAGAAUGGGGCUGGUGGUGAAAACCCUGCCAAUGUCCAGAUGCGCUGCGUGAUCGCAACAGGGGGCUGGGAUCAGAAAUUAAAGAUCUUUGCGGGCUGA